UAGAAAUGCAUCACAUCAUGAUUCCUCAACAUAAGCAAAUAUAUUUCAGCUCGAUUCAACAUAUUGCAGUUCAGAAUAUCACGAUGCCAGCCUGUGAUCAAAGAAAUCACAAUGAUCCAAAUGAAGAAGGAAAUAAACAAAACCACAAUCUCUGAUCUGAUCUGAAUCCGUCUGUUCAAGGAAGUAAACAGGUGAAAGUGAAACGAAUAAUUUAAAUCCAAAUCUGCUAUUCAACUCAAGUAUUAAAGAGCCUCAUUAUGUUAGAGCUCACAUUUGCCUCACUCUAAAAGAUCUUGGGUUACUUUUUCUAUCAAAGUCCUGGGUUGAGCCUUUUGGGUCAUUUGUGGGGGUAUUUUUCCAGUGUUUGGGUAUUUUUUGCUAUACACAGAGUUAUUUAUAGCAGGCUUUUUGCGCCCUCUUCAGGAGAGAGCAGUGCGGCUCCGUCAAUUUGGUGCAUGUCUUCGGUAAAAUACAGGUUUGUGUACGUUUUAUUUUUUUAGCUAAAAAUUCAUUAUUGUUCUGUAUAUCAUUUAAUUAUAUGCAAAGUAACAUACAGGGGAUGUGAGUCACCAAAACGAGUGUCGCAUCGGUCUUUUCGCGUGAUGGAAACACCUGAUGCCUUGCAUAAAAUGUUACGAUUUUAUCCAAAAAAAGAUACAGAAUAUAAACACUUAAGAUGUUAAAAUAUGUUCUCAGAAUUGUACACUGAUUAUUUAUGGACAGGUUAUGGAGUCAGUCACAGCAUUUUUCGGCUACGAGUGAAACGCAGGCGGCGGUCUGAAGUUAUCAGUUCCUCCGCCGAACGCGAGUCAUCUCCGGCACGAGAUCCAGCGCCGUUACGGUGGAAACAGGACAACAGAGACUGGUCCAUUACACUUGAAUUACUUCUAAAUGUUUCAUUUUUACUUCUAAUAUUUGUUAAACGAGCUUAAAUGUAGGCAAUAUGUAUCAAAAAUUAGAUAAAUUAUGCUAUACUUUAAAAUAUGAUCGAAAAUAAAGGAAUUAUCCUUAGUGGUUGCGUGGCGUAUUUAAAAAAGGUUUAGAGGAUUUAAAUUAAUCCACAUUAAUUCAUGUAUGAAGUUAAAAAAAAAUAAAAAGCUAGUAUUAUAGUAAAAAUGAUUUAACCCAUUUUGCUGGGUAAAAUUAACCCAACAUGUGUUCUCUCCUAUAUUUACCCAGCCCUUGGGUUGAAAACAACCCAAAUUGGGUUGUUUUUAACCCAGUGUUUUAAGUUAUUUUUAUUAAUAGAAAAAGACCAGACACAAUGGCAGGACUGGCUUCAUGUGUCUGCUAUAGCUCCAACUAAACCACGCCAAUUGAAAAAUGGUAGAAAUGACUUCAUGAUUUAGGCCUAUAUCUGUAGUUACUGAGAGUCUAAUAUUUUAUGCAUUAUGCAUGAACUAAACCUUGAAUGCAAGUAAGUCUGCCAAAUGCUUAAAUAUUAAAUCAGAUAUGAGGACGUUCUGCAUUCAUACAGUUAUACACCUGUAAGUGUUCAGUCGCUACAUUACAAACACAAACACUAGUACUGAUUUACCUUUUAUGAUCAACCUUUAUGUUGGAGUCAUUCAUGCUGAAAAAGUUCCUCUACCACUGUAUUUCGUGUGAACUCCACCCACCCGCAGAGCCACUACACCUGCCCGCACGAGCUCAGGUGAGACACUCCCGCGCCGCAUUCCGAGCUCGUGAAGGCGAGCAGGAGGUCGCGUCGCGUCAUGGCGGAGUCCCAGCUCGUGUGUAUGGAGGAUGGGCUCAUGCCCACCGCGGUGCCCGAGUCCCGGCCGCAGUUCUACUACAGCGAGCAGCACCGGGCGGCGCUGGAGCAGCUGCUCACGAAAGGAGACGGAGCGUUCAAGAGCCUCCUGAAGGAGGAGAAGAGCCAAGACUUCCUGUCGGCGCGGGAAAUCAAGGCCAUCACGAGCACCUUCGUCAAAUAUAAGCAGGAGGAAGACGAUGGAGGGGCAGCGGAGAACCAACCCAACAAACAACCAACAACCGACAAACGCGACGACAGCGGCUCGCUGCGCUCCACCUACUGGCCGCAGAAGUCGGACACGGACGUCCCGCCGCUGGACAUCGGGUGGCCCUCAUCCGGGAUCUUUAAAGGGGUCACCCGAGUGUCGGUCUACACACACCCGCCCAAAGAGAACAGCCCACACAUCAAGGAGGUGGUCCGAAAAUUAAUACAAGAAUCAUGCAAGGUCGUGGCUAUCGUGAUGGACCUGCUGACCGACCUGCAGAUCCUGCGGGAUCUGUUCGAGGCGUCCAAGCGCGGCGUUCCUGUCUACAUUGUGCUGGACGAGCUGGGAGCGCCGCACUUUCUGGACAUGUGCAGCCGAAUGCAGGUCGGCGCAAAGGAUCUUCAGAAUGUCCGGACUCGGACCGUAAAGGCUGUCGGUUUAAAUCUGUCCAUGGGGAGAAUCCCAGGAAACGUCCAGAGCAAGUACAUGUUAAUUGACGGAGAUAAAGUCAUGUUUGGAACGUACAGCUUCUCCUGGAGCUCUUCCCGAAUGGACAGAAACAUGAUCACGGUGAUGUCAGGGCAGGUGGUGGAUUUCUACGAUAACGAUUUCCGUGAACUUUACGCCAUCUCGGACAAACUCGACCUCUUUAAGGAGUUUCACCUCAGUAAGCCCAAGACGGGCACCCUGUCCCGGGCCUCAGUGCCCAAACGCCCCCUAGCGGCCACUUCACGCUUCCAGGUGAACCUCGGAGAUGCGACGCGUGGAGAUAUUAAAGUGCCGGCGCACAAAUACCACAAUCCGAAGUACCUGUUAGCGCUCGGACAGAUCCCGGGACCCACGACGCCGCUGCAGGAGUUCUUAAGCACCAUGCAGCCGCCAGAUCCCACAGAACAGCUGGAGAAUCCCAUGGAAGAGCUGGAGAACCUGACACCCGUUCCCUCUCAGACCGGGAAGAAGGAGUCCAAGAAACUUAAAACACCGUCAAAGAGAUCGUGGUGGAGGAAACAGAAGAAGGACAAGACAAGCGAAGCUGUCAUUGAAGAAAACACACCGGACGAAGCGCCUAAACACACACCGACUGCAGACGAGACGUCUGAGGCGCAGGAUUCCAGCAAAAAGAAGAAAAGUAUAUUUAGGAACAUUUUUAAAAAAAACAAAUGAUGAUUCUUUCAUCGUAACCCUUCAAAUGAGCCGCUGUAACUCCUCAUGAAGACGUCAUGUUUACACCGUGUUACUGACCUCACUUUAGACUUUCUUUAUGGUGUAUGUUUGAUAUGAUCAGUGCGAUGAUAACUGUUCAUAUGUGUGACUGUGAUGAUGUACAACGCUUGAUAAGAGGACAAAAUAAUGUCUGAAUUACAUUCAAACCUGCUGAAAGGUUUCUGUACAGAGUAAGAUUGUGUUUGGCAUUCUGGAAACAUGUUGAAAAUGGACUAAUGUUA